GACACGCUUAACGUUGCAGCAAAGGCUGCGGGCUGCACGAAAUCAUGACCGUGAACGCAUCGCGGGACCACUAAACCAGUCGUGCGUCCGUUUCUCUUCAAAUGGAUUUAAUUGCGUAAAGUGUUUCGCUUCCGUCGCCGACGUUGACACGCACAACCCCCCCCCCCCCUCCCCCACCGCCCCUCGUUUCUCUCGACGUCCCGAGACCCCGCCUCCGAGGUGAAAAACACGCCAAUCGGUGAUGGUUAUGGAGGAUGAUGGACUUCCCCACAGCCAAUCAGAGCCAGACACCCUCUCAGCCGUGGGCGGGCCAGAACGGCUGGUCCCCAGCUUCACCUGUGGGGCCCCCCUGCGACCCUCUGCCCGGCUUUCAGCAGCUCAGCCUGAGCUCUCCUUCUGACCAGAGACCCCGCUACCAGCACCUGUCCAACCGGGGCUGCCAGAGCGGCGACCUCGCCUCCUUUCCCCCCACGGACGACGCUCGCCGCGGCACGCUUUAUUCUAACAAUGCUGACCACAGCGUGCGGCGUGUUUCAUCCACGGUUCCAACUGCAAGCCGAGGGAGACGCACACCUCCGUGUUCCCUCCCUCUCAUGACGGAAGGCACGCAGCCUGGAAAUCUCCAACAAAUGCCAUUUUACUCCCCUCACAGCCCUUACCAAGGCGUAUCUCCCCAUUUCCUCCCCCCAUACACACACCAGGGUCCACAUCAAACACACCUGCCCAUUAGCUCUCCAUCACAGUGUGCCCCCGAGUCCUCGGCGGGGUUCACACACAUUCUCGCCUCGCCCACGUCUCCCGUCUCACAGCUUCCCCGGUGGACCGACUCGGGAGGAACCAUAAAUGAGUUUGUUCCCAAUGCAGCUGCACAAGACAGGAACAUCACGUCACAGUCUCCUAACUCUGAGUCUCGUUACGGCCUGGACCCCGAGCUGCUGCCCAGUGUUGUGAAGGUGAUCGCUGAGGACGCGGCAGAGUGGGGGGGCAAGGUCUUCGUCUCGGAGCCCUUUUCCCGUCUUCCUCCUCUGGCGACUACUUCCUGUAUCGUAGAGGACCGGGGCAGCGCGAGUCCUCUGGCCAUCCGCUCCGCCUCGUACUGCGUUCCCCGUGAAGGUCCGACUGCCCUCCUCAGCCGCCUGCCGCUGGGGGCUCUGGUCACCCCUCUGGCCAAGCUAAAUGGAGAGAAGCCCCUGCCAGUGUGCAACGAGCCCGAGUGUGUGAUGGGUUGCGGUUGUUGCCGAGCCGCCAUGUGCCCGGCGAUGGGCUGGCAGGACUGUGGUCAGAGGUUUUACUGCCCCUUCUGUGGGAAACUCAGCGAAGUGCCGUGGCAACACUACCAGCCCACCAGAGGGGUGGAGGGCGUCCGGGUGGAUAAAGACAACAGGCCUGAACUCAGCAUGGGGUCCUACGAGAUACUCCAUUCUCAGAGGGGAGAACCUGCUGCACUGCUGCUAGCCGUCGAUGUGUCUGCAUCAGCGGUGAGAGGAGGACAUUUGGAGUUUGCAACACAACAGAUACUCACUCUGCUCACCUCUCUGACGAGGGAGGGUGGCGAUGCCUUGUCGGACUUCCGCGUUGGUUUGAUGACGUACGACAGUAGGAUCCACCUGUACGACCUGAGCCCGGCCCUGUCCCGCCCACACAUGCUGGUCAUCGCGGAGACGGAAGACCUGCAGCUUCCUGUGAGGGAGGGGCUCCUGGUGCCCCUGAAAGACUGCAUAGACAGUUUAGACAGUGUGUUGCAGCUUAUUCCUCAGUUGAGUCCAGAGUGUGACGAGUCGAGUGGCGUUCCCAUGGAGAUGCCGGUCAAGGCCGGGCUCGCCGUGCUGCAGGCCCUGAGUUGUCCUGGCAAGCUGCUGAUCUUCCACACUGCCCCUCUGAUAGAGAUGGGACACACACACUCGGCCUCAGGGUUCUUUGGCGCCAACAAACCAAAGUCCAUCUUUCAGCCGUCGGAGAUAGCCAUCUCAUUGGCCAAGGACUGCGUCCGUCAGGGCUGCGGCGUUCACCUGUUUGUCCUCUCCCAGCAAGAUGUGGGCGGGGCUUGGCCGGGCCACAUUCCAUAUCUAACAGGCGGAGCUCUGUACACCUACGGCCACCUCCAGGGGGAGUUGGACAGAGAGCGUUUCAGCACUGAUCUAAAGAGCAUUGUAGAGACGGACACGGGCUACAAGGCGGAGCUCAGGAUUCUUGUCAGCAAAGAUAUGCGCGUGUCCGGCUGUUACGGGCUCUACAUCCCCGAGUCCAGCCCCAGCCGGGUUGCUAUGGCGACCCUAGACCGGAGGACGACGCUGGCCGUGGAGCUCGCACACACCAGAGCUCUGGACGAGACCAGAGGUGUAGCCAUACAGACUGUACUGUCCUACAGCACCCGGACGGGCGACAGGAGGACCCGGGUUCACACUCUGACCCUGCGAUGCUCUCCUCGCCUGCAGGACACGUUCCGGCAGUACCAGGCCCAAACAUUACUCACCUUCUACUGCAAAAAAAUUUACUGUUCAGCGUUGGAGCGCCCUCUACAGGAGCUGAGGGAGGAACUGCAGACGGAGGUGACGGAAGCAUUGGCGUCCUACCGCAAACACUGCUGCUCCGCCUCGGUGUCUGCUGGACAGCUGGUCCUCCCUCAGUACCUGCGAGCGCUCCCCGUUUACAUCAACAGCCUGAGGAAGAGCGAGGUGCUGCUGCCGGGCCUCCGGAGCUCCGUCCACCAGCGGCUGCAGCGGCGCUGCCAGGUGCUCAGCAUGGACACCUGCAGCACCUCCACCCACUUCUACCCUCUGCUGCUGCCUCCGCCGCUCUCGGUGGACCGCUCCGGCUCGCCGAACCCGGAGGAGGCGCUGCGCUGCUGUGCUGCCAGCCUGGAGCCCGGAUGUCUGUAUUUGGUGCAUGCACCCCUCACCCUGCUGCUCUGGGUGGGCACCCAAGUCCCAGAAUGCACCCUGGCGGAGCUCUUCAACGCCAGCUGCUUCUCCUCCCUGCCCUCCGGAGAGACCAAGCUGCCCGUCCUCGACAACCCCCUGUCCGUCGGCGUUCGAUCCCUCAUCCACACGCUGAACUCCGAGGCGCCGUGCGCCCGCCAGCUGCAGGUGGUGAAGCAGGGCGACGCCUGCGAGGAGGUCCUGCAGCGCCACCUGGUGGAGGACAAGAGUCCCAACGGCGGGGCGUCCUACGCCGACUUCCUCUACCACCUCCACGUCAACUCGGUCCGGGUUCUGCAGUGACCUCACGCGCACACUUUCACCACGGGAGCUAAUGUACUCCUCGUUAUUAUUAUGUGGAAAUAUCCAAGGCCUGUUGUCAGAGAACCAGGCGGUGCAUGGGGGGCUCUUUUAGAUAUGUUUGUUUAACGUGUGUGUGUGUGUGUGUGUGUGUGUGUGUGUGUGUGUGUGUGUGUGUUUAACAUGUGCUCCAUGCUGUUCUGAAAAAUGUGUUUACAAUGUUCAUUUAUUUAUUCCCGGUGUGUGUGUGUGUGUGUGUGAUGCCCACAGUGUGUUCUGUUUGUGAAUAACCCGUAAAUAAACAAAUCAAUAAAGACUUUAAUUU